GUGUCUCAGCUAGUGUUACUAUGUUUUUUGAAGAUGCUGGACGGGGGAGAAUGUGGUCGUCUUGAGGAUCCUCCGAAAAACAAUCCCUCAUCUCCUUGACAAAUUGUCGGCAACCAUGGCAGGGAUUAUUAAAAAGCAGAUCUUGAAACAUUUGUCCAGGUUCACCAAGAACCUGUCCCCCGACAAGAUCAACCUGAGCACGCUGAAGGGGGAGGGGCAGCUGUCCAACCUGGAGCUGGACGAGGAGGUGCUGCAGAACAUGCUGGACCUGCCCACCUGGCUGGCCGUCACGCGCGUCUACUGCAACAAGGCCGCCAUCCGGAUACAAUGGACAAAGCUGAAGACCAGCCCCAUCUGCCUGUUCCUGGACAAGGUGGAGGUGGAGAUGAGGACCUGUGAGGAGCCCCGCCCCCCCAAUGGCCCCUCCCCCAUUGCCAUCACUGCAGGGCAAAGUGAGUACGGCUUUGCAGAGAAGGUGGUGGAGGGCAUGUCGGUGGUGAUAAACUCCAUCACCAUAAAGGUGCAGGCCCGGGCCUUCCACGCCUCCUUCGAGCUCUGGCAGCUGCAGGGUAACAGCCUCAACCCCAAGUGGCAGCGCAGCGACCUCCGCUACACGCGCAUCACCGACCCCAAGAGGGGCGAGGUCCUGACGUUUAAAGAGAUCAACUGGCAGAGCCUGCGGAUCGAGGCGGACGCCAUGGAGAGCGGGGAGCAGGACCUGGGCAGCACCCCUCUACGUCUCAUCACCAACCAGGGCCGAAUCCGCAUCGCGCUCAAGCGCAGGGUGAAGGACUGCAACGUGCUGGCCUCGAAGCUGCUCUUCAUCCUGGACGACCUGCUCUGGGUCCUGACCGACUCGCAGCUCAAGGCCGUCAUCCACUACGCCAAGUCCCUGAGCGAGGCCAUGGAGAAGUCCGCCCAGCAGAGGAAGAGCAUGGCUGCCGAGUCCCUGCAGACGGCGCCCCCCUCCCCGGGGAUGCACACGCUGUGGACCGAGCGCCCGCCCCCUCCCAGCGGUACCCCCAGCACCCUCAGUCAGUACUUCGAGCUCCACGAUGUCAAGGAGUCCUCCUACCACACCUACAUAUCCCGCCUGGACCUGCAUGUCUGCAACGACAGCUCCUCGCUGAACCCAGAUGAACCCCACCCACGGGGCGCUCAGGGGGCCAUGCAGCUGACCUUCCGAAAACUGGGCUUCGACUACUACCCCUUCCACCGCCCCGGAGAUGGCUGUCGCCAUUGGGAGCGUCACUGCAGUGCCAUGGAGUCCCGGGCCCAGUGGGCCAGCAAGCUGCUGCAGGAGUUCCAGAGGCGCGUGGAAGAGACGGGCUUUCCUGGGCCGCAGUCUGAACCCCCGAACACGGCAAAGGACUCCCCCACCAAGAGGCCCCAGGAUGGAGACUCCACCCCCAAAUCCAGCCCCCCAGACAGGGGGCAGACGUCUCGCCGGAGCUCCGCUGCCCCGCCCCCAGCCUCCAGCCCUCAGCGCGCCCCCUGGAAGAGGCUACGCUCCAGCUGCGUGGUGGUGCGAUUGGACGACUUGGACAUCCAUCAAGUGUCCACUGGGGGUCGCCACAGCAAGAAGACCCAGUCCCUCCUGUCCUGUAACCGCAAAGCUCUCAACCCCGCCGAUAACGUGCCAGCCAUCCACCUGCAGUUCACAGAGUACUACUUCCCCGACAACCCCGGACUGCCUGUGCCCUGCUCCAACCUGUACGCCCAGGUGAACGGCCUGCAGCUGUGCCUGGACGUGGCCAGCCUGCUGUGGAUGAACCUGUUCUCCCAGGGCCUGCUGCGCACACUGGAGCAGGUCAAGGCCUUCUACCACCUGCAGGACAGCGGCAAGGGCGAGGAGCACGUGGACGUGCGCAUGGACGCCGGCCAGCUCAAGCUGGUGAUCCCCCUGGAGUCCUCCAUCUUGGACCACCCCGACCGCCCCCAGUCCCUGAGCGUCAGCGUGUCCCAGGCGGUCCUGAGCAACACGCGCCACGCCCCCCACGGCGCCCGCGCCGACCUGCAGGGCACCUACCACUGCUUCUCCUCCUCGCCCUUCUUCCAGCCCCCACCCCCCUGCCCCUUCCCCCGCGACCAGAACGCCUUCCACCCCCUGCCCCCCGCCUUCCUGCAGCACGCCCUGGAGGCAGACCCGCCCCUCGGCGAGAAGCGCCCGCCCCGUGCCCAGGACGUCUGGUCCCUCAGCCUGUCCCGCCUGGCCCUGAGCUUCGAGGGGGCCCGCCGGGGCCCCAAGAGCAAGGCCCUGCCCUUCGUGGAGCCCUUCGCCAUGUCCGUCUGGCUGUGCCACCCCGCCGCCUUUAAGCUCCUCCCUCCCCCGUCCGGCCGGCCCGACCUCAGAGGCUCCGCCAGCUUCAGCAACCACGUGGACUCCACAACCGAGCAGCCGGGGGCUCUCCCCAAGUCUAGCUCCGCCCACGACCCCCUGAACGUGGAGGAGGCGGAGCAGGUCCCUCUGGCCUCCGUCCACAUCCUGGCCCAGUCAAUCUCCCCCGUCAAGGUGUGGCUCAACCACUACCAGUAUGUGGCGCUGCUGCGGAUGAAGGACUCCCUGGCCCGGCUGGGGGCGGAGCUGGCACGGGACACCCAGUGGGCGGGGGGCAAGCGGACGGAGCCCCCGACGGUGUGCUUGGCGCUCCUGAUGGACGCGGUGGAGGCUGGGCUGCUGCUGCCCCCAGUGACCGGGGAGCCGGACGAGGAGGCCCGUUCCCCGGAGGAGACGGACAGCGCCAGCAUGACGGACUCGGAGCUGUCGCCUGCCCGGGUGCUGGGGCCCGGCCCGCUGGAGGACAGCGGCAUCGGGAACGGCGCCGCCCACCCAGAGCAGGAGCAGGAGCCGGACGGGCCGGUGGAGGAGGCCUGCGAGGCCCUGGAGGAGGAGGUGGAGGGGGAGGGGGAGGAGGGACAGGAGGAGUCUUCAGGUCUGUCCCCGCCCCUCUCCCCCGGCCACCACCCCCUCCAGUCCCGGGAUGCCUCCUCCUUCAGCCUGGAGGGGGAGCUGUCCAAUGCGCUCAGCGCCACCAAAGACGCCACCAAGGAGGCGCUGUCAGCCUCGCUGGACCUCACCAAGGGGGCGCUGUCCAUGACCAAGGACGCCUUCAGCCUCCUGAGCCGCGGCUCAGCCAUGAGCAAGAUGCUCUUCACUCCGCAAAACAGGGAUCAGCCCCAGCGUCCCGAGGACUCCGCCCCCCCGUCGGUCCCAGGAAACCUCCGCCUGCAGUCCAUGAAGCACUCCCCUUCCCAGCAUUCCUUCGACAGCGCCAUCCUGGACGGCAGCCUUCCCGACGACGGGCUGUCGGUGGACAGCGACACCAGCGAGAACUACGUGAUCCUCGUGGACUCUGAGUCGGGAAUGGAGUCCGUGCGCCCCGAAAGCGUCCCCUCCCUGCCUGUCGACCCGCCCAGCCGCGGCAGCCCUGCCCCCGGGACGGAGGGGGGGUCGUCGGCCGACCUGAGCAGCUCGCUGUCGCAGAGCACCGAGGACAUGGCCCAGGACACGGCGUCAGUCCUGCUGCUGCAGCUCAGUGUGAUGGGCUGUGUGGUUGACAUGAAGGGGGAGGACGUGGUGGUGGCGCUAGAGGCCCAGGAACUGACGCCCAAGCAGCUGGGCAACCAGAGAGUGUCUGAGCUGCUGGGAGGCCUCACCCUGGGCGGGGUCUCCCCACACAAGCCCUCGUCCCCGGCCCCUCGGAAGGGUGGCAGGGGUGCCCCCGUGGUGCGCAUGCGGAUGGAGAUGGGUCCCGCCGCCGGCCGCCACUCCCCCCUGUCCGAGUCUGCGGGCUUCCUGGAGCUGAGCGUGGGAGGCUGCCAGGCGGAGCUGCUGGCCUCCACCCUGGCAACCCUGGGGCCCUUCCUGGAGGAUGAGCUGAGUGCCGAUGUCCAGCCAAUGAGAAUUCACCUGGACCGCACCACAAUCACGCUCAAGGAUGACGGGCCCAAGGUCUACCCCACCGCGCCUCAACCUGUCCCCAUCACCUUCGCCCUGGACAGCGUGGUCCUGGAGCGCACUGAUGAUGGGAUAUUCUGGCUAAGAGCCGACUCAGCCAGCGAGAGCGCGAUGCCAAAGCAGUCUGCCGCGGCGGCUGAGGGUGACUCUGCAGGCGGAGCUCGCUCGUUCCGGGAGCAGCCCGACGGCGACGGCUCCCUCCCUCAGCCGGAGAACGAGAGCCAGACCCUGGAAUCCCAGCUGUCUGAUGCCAAGACUGCCCUUGCCCAGGCCCUGUCAGAGAGAGAGCGCCUCCUGCUGGAGCUCCAGAAAUACAACCCGCUGUUUAGCCUCUGACCCUCCAUUCCUCCGACCAGCAGAGGGGGCUGUUCCGUGGCAGCGAGGGUAAAAGGAGGCCAGGGAGCAGAUGGAGCUCCUGUGGGCAGGUAACAGAGCGGAGGAUGAGCCCUUAUGUGUAAUAGAGCACAAAGCCCAACACUCCCCAAACACCUGAAAGCAGUCCCAGCGUCUGGAAGAGCGAGAGGACGCUGCAGCGGGACCCACACGGGUUUUGUAAAAGCUCCAGCUCUUUCAUUCUGCCGUCAAAAACAGAGGGGUGAGAAGGCCAAAGGGAGUCCAACUCCUCCCGACAUUCACGAAGAGUCUGAGUUGCUGAUCAGUCAACCGCAUGCAGUUGACCAUUUUCUCAUGCUCUUUUCCCCCUCUCAGAAACCCUCACUGGUUUCUGGUACAUCCCCCUAAAGUAGCCAUUUGGUAUGCUGAUCACCAAAAGAUCUCCGAUACAAAAAAAAACACAACAAUGGAAAGGUCCUAUUUCGGUUCAUUUGGAAUCAGUUUUCCAUUGCUUACACACUAAGGCUGAGGGAAAAAAGUCUCCCCAGAGUGAUCACCUUCAGAUUCAUGGGGAAAAGCUUUCAUAGGCUUCCGAUGUCCACCUCACGACAUCAUCGAGUUAAUCUGGCGCUCAGAUGAAAUGGUGCAGUGGUGAUACACAGUCGCUGUGCCACUUUCUAUCACCUGACAUCUCCUCAAGUGAGAGAACCUUCUAGUGCUCCGCCUCGGCUGGACUACGACGUUAUCUGUCAAACCACGGACAGCGGAGCGGCUGCUGGGCUGUGUCUGUCAGCCGGCGCAGACAGCGUGGGACACGUAACACUUACUCCGGCACACAGAUGCAUGUACACACACACACACACACACACACACACACCACGCUCAAACACAGAAGAAGCAAGUCACUUUUUUUGCCAAAACCAGUUGCCCGUUUCAC